GGCAGAAACGCAAAUGCGAUCAUUCAGCGAGCCUUCGUCGAGUUUCAAGAGGAUGACAAUCCUACAAAGUGCAACAAAGUCCGCUGCACCUACUGCGGGUUUGUUCGCGCAAAGAACACAACCCGUCAGGUCGAGCAUCUGCAGGAGUGUCAACAGUACCUGACCUCUCCUGACUACGUCGAGUCGCUCAACGAAGCCGAAGCCUCGCAGCAAGACGAGGGCAAUACUAGUAUCAUGUCUGGGAUCAACAAUUCACCACUACAAGCCACGCCCAACUCGGCUCCGAGAAAUCAGUUCUUGAUGGGAAACAGACCCAACCCAAACCUUCAAGUCAAUCGUCGUGGACCCAACAAGCGCACACGCGAUGGUCAGAUCAAGAAUGGCCAGCGUGCUAUGCCCGCUCCUAUCGCUCCCAACCCACCCGCUCAGAGUCCCAGUCUUGCCGCGUACCUCUUGACUCAGAACACUGGCUCAUUCACAGCUGCUACCCAGACCUCAUUCCUGUCCCACGCUGGUUGCGGCACUCUCAGUGCUGGCGCAAUGAGCCAAUGGCUGGCACAAGACUCACACAUCUCUCGUGGUUAUAUUGCCUUUGUCGGACAACUCAUCGGCAAGAUCCGCCUACCCAUCGUCGCGAACUCACAAUCACACCCGCUUUAUCGAGCUAUGGACUUGCUAAUUAGUGCUCUGAACAAUGUUCGCAGAGAGAUGAGCUUCUUUGAAAUCACCGCUACCAAGUACAACCUACAAGUGCCAAAGGAAGAGCCAAACCCAAUCACAAGAAGCUUCCUCGACCUGUUUGUGUCAGCAAGUUCGCCAGCAGCAAGUCUGCUCGAGGGCGCUGUCGUGCUGUGGGCCAUCGAACACUGUUAUCGCGCAUCAUGGGCCUACGCUGCUAGCUUCUCAUCAAGCCUCAACCAACCCAUUCUACCAUACUCCUCCAAUGGAGAUUCGCACAAUGCUGCCCUGCAUCAAUCGUUGAUACCAAACUGGACAUCGGCUGCUUUUGCGAAGUUUGUGGAUGCAUGCAAGGCGGUUGUUGAUGAGCUCGCCAACGCCGAAACUUCGCCUAACGGUCGUGAACAGAUGUCUCGCUGUCUCAGUGCAUUCAACCAAGUCCUUUGGCUCUGGGAACGCACCUGGCCUUCGGUCGACGGCAUGGGUGAGGAGAACGAGAGUGCAAGUGCAGAGCGCUUCAACAGCAAUGGCAUGAGACCUCGUAGCUCGACUGCUGGGGGUCCGCCGGGUGGUGUGCCUGAUCGUGACUCACACACUGGCGACGAUGACGAUGUUGUCGAGAUCAGAAGAGAGAGCGCUAUUGGUGCUAAUUCAUACGUCAGUCCGUAUGGAGCUGACGGUCUCCGGGCAGUCGAGGCUGCUAACAAUGCUUGA